CCCCCGCUGUUGUCCGGGCAGGGAAGAUGGCGGCGGUCGCUGUGAAGAGCAUCGGGGGCAGGCUGGGCCUGGCGCUGAGGGAGCUCCGCAUCCACCUGUGCCAGCACUCCCAUAGCAGCCAGGGCGUCAGGGAAUUCAUCGAGCAGCACUACGUGACCCUGAAGAAGGCAAAUCCCGACUUCCCCAUCCUGAUCCGCGAGUGCUCCGGUAUCCAGCCCAAGCUCUGGGCUCGGUAUGGUGAGUGCUCGCCGGAAAUACCACGGAAUUAUCAGGGCAUGGUUGGGGUUGGAAGGGAGCUCAGGGACCGUCAGUAUUUAUGGGAGAGUUUGGGAAGGAGAAGAGCAUCCCACUGAGCUACCUGAGUGUGGAUGAAGUAGGCAAGGCCUUGGAGAGUGUCGUGAAAGGCCAUGCAUGACAACAGACAGGAAGUACACACCUGCUGGAGACUCGAGUGAUUAUCUUUAAUGUCAAAGAUGUAUCUUUAAUUUAUCAGUUCAU